UACAGUAGAUGGCAAGCUGGGUCUGGUCUUGCCCGCUGCCGGCUAGUUGUCAAAAAAUGGCUGACUUGUGAAUUUCGUUACUAUAAUUUUGAAGGGGAUAAAAGUACAUUUUUGUGAAUUGAAGUCAAUAGCUUGGUGGAAAAAGUGUUAAAGAAUAUGCCGCGGGUCAAGGCAUCACCGAAGAAAUGUGUAAAAACGUCGAACACACAUCCCGCCGCCAACACCUGGGUCUUCCUUAUGAAAGGAGAUGGCCUGGACACUACAGAUGGGAAUUUGCCCGAUGUUGUGAAACUCAGGCAUCCAGCAUCCAAUCAGCCAGCAAUGUUCGUUUUCAGUCCAGGAGACGUUACAGUGCAGGAGGUUCUGACAUUCGACGAAAACAAGAGGUCCUGGUUCAUAGAUGACAAUGUCAAGUCUGAUGGAAAGAUGCAUUUGUCGACACCUAUUGACCCUAUAUUUUUGGUUUUACCAUAUUUAAGAAAGUCACAACAAGUUCAACCUCUUGAACAAAGUCUAAGAGACGAUGAUUAUCCAGAAACAAGUCGCCUUGCUCGAUGUCAAAAUCUGAAACUAUCUUUAAUUGCUGAUCGCAAGGGUGAUGAGGAACUCCAGGCGUUUAAAUUUAACGAAGAUAAAGCACUCAAUUGGUUACAGAAAAAAGUGGAGAGGGUUGCAGAAAUUUUGAGGCAAAAAGGAGUGCAUGUGUCGCAGGGUGCAGUUAGCGCCACAUUCGUUAAAAGUAGCAAGUAUGAAUCAAGUACAGAAAUGGAAUACUUAAAAUACGCACACGGCAUAGUAUCAGAAUAUCUGGCAGAGGAUUUAUCCAAAAAGUUGGCACAGUAUUUAAAUGUCCCAGAUGACACGGAUAGCAAAAAGAGAAAACUGAGUGGUCCAAAAGAUGGCAACGAGGAGAAACGAUCAAAGAAGGAAAUGCUCGAAGCAGACACCUUACCAAGGAACGGAGCCCUGGACUUAACAAAACCUGAGAAGAAUUUUGUGUUCUUGCAGCCACAGAAGUCGCCAUUGAUCUCAAAGAAGGAACUGGCCCGACAAAAAGCAGCUGCAGGAUCCAAGAGUAUUACCAAUUUUUUCAAGAAAAAAUGAGUCAGACAAUGUCAGGCUAAGAUUAUUCUAACGAAUCUCUGCGUUCCUAUCGAUGUUACUCUUUAGAUAUAAAUCACUAAGACCCCGUUUUUCUGUUAAAAAUAUAAAUACGAGCACCAGCAAUUGGGCAAUUGAAAAACUGGGUCUAAGGAUCUAAGCGAAUCUUAAGGGAGUUAACUCAUAAGUCACAGGCAUGAAAAAAAAAGAAAUGAAUCACAUCGUUAGAUAGGUAAUCCCAAAAUCAUUCGCAUACCUACAAGAUUUACUAGAGAAUCUGAAUAUCCAGGUUCUUUAGUAAAUUCUGUCUUCCGAAAAGAAAAGGAAAAAAAAAAGAGAACUCGUCGUGCAUUAUCAUUGUAAAAGCAAUGAUAUAUCAAAUAAUGAUCAUCGCAAACAUCACGCCAUUUUACUUUCAGUACUGUACUCGCGUUGCUCAAGUAUUUUAUCAGGAGUCGUGUGCUCCUCUUCGGGUAGCGGUUAAUUAUAUAGACUUUUGAAAAUUGGUCCCAUCAAACAGUCUGAAUAGACCGGACUGGUUUGAGCCUUUAGGAAAGGCAGCUAAUGUCGCGUACGAAUAACGUAAGACGUAAGAUCUGACACAAUACUGUACUCUCGUCCAAGUGAAUUUAAUUAAGCAAACAAUUAAUAAAACUGCCCUCUUGGAUUGAUUGGAAUUAACGAAUACUCGAUCCAGGAGGGAUCGUAGAAUUUUUCGAUGGGAUAUACCUAUAUGAGUAUAUCCACAUGUUAUUGGAAUUUUUAAAUCUAGAUCCAUCCCAAUCUAUGUCCCAAUAAGACAUAUAGGAUCAUGCAUCGUACAUAGAUUAAGUUACGAUAUAGUCCAGGAAGUUUUUAGAAAGAUAAAGAUUUGGAAUUACAAGUAUAGAAAUGAUAUCCCGUCGCUUAAUUCUGUGCGAGUUCUUUUUAAAAAGACUGUCCAACAAAAGCAAUAUCCAAAGCACUCGCGAAUGUCUUAUGGCUUUGUCGUACACUUUACAUUUGAAGGAUUUACUUGAAUUUGGAGACUGAUUUUCAGAUUGGCGUAAAGCAGGUCUAUUCAGGUUUAACGUAUUAAUGAGACUUGAAAACUGUUAUUAGAUUUACUUGGAUGAUACAACAGCUUUCAACUAUCACUAAUACAUUUUAGUUGGAUAUUCCUGAUUGCAUAUACAUAUAUGGUACAAAUUGAAUUCGUUGAAUGUUUUUACAUAAUUAGAUUUUAGAUUCUGAACGUAUUGAAUUCUGAUAUUUGUCAGAUAUAUCAGUGAUACCUAUGUAACUGCCGUGCAUACUUGAAUUUCUCAACUAAAUCAAUUUGGGGAAUUCUAUUUACGCAUUGAUAGUAUACACUCUUAUUUUUUUUAAUUCUCUAUACUUUUAUUAAUAUUCAUUAGUAUUGUACAUAUUGCAUUUAUAUGGAUUUCUUAAAUGAGCAAUUUUCUGUGGAACAAUGUGAAGUUCGAAGUUCAUUGUUAUUUCUUUUUAUUCUCAUUAAUUCCAUUUUUUUUCAUUAAUUUGUUGUAUUAUUGCUCGCGGUCAAACAUGUCCUUUUCUUAAUUCUGUUUAAAAACUUAAUUAUAUCCCUUUGUUCUCGCGUUGUAUGAGUGCGGAUAAUUGAUAGGAUGGUUGCGCGUCAAGUACGUUAUAUCAGUUCUAUCGUACAGUGAGAUAUUGCGUUGCGUAUUGUGUAUGUAAUAUUAAUAAAUAUAACUGUGAAAUA